UUUGUCCCCCUUCUCCUCUUACCUUCCUUGUGCCAAGGCCAAACCCCUUCUCUUCCAGGUUCGAUCUCUCUUUCGCGGUUUGUUGAUUGAGAAUACGCCAGAAUUUUUUUCAGGAACCUCUGGUGGAUCUAGCUGAUAUCAUCUUUGGUUACUGGUGAUUUUUUUUAUUUCUCUCCUCCACUCUGUCUCAUUUGUUUAUUGGCGAGUUCUGCAACCGCUAGCUGCUACUUGUAACUGGAGAUGAUUGUUGAAUAGACAGGGAAGCAAAAAUGGUCUUCUAAUUAGUGCAAUUGUGGAAAAGCAAGUUGAGAAGGUGUGGCAUAGGGUUGCCCUAAAGAUAAUAUCAUGUUUGCCACUGUCAUUCGGUAUUUUGCGAAGAAACCAAAGCCGAAGAUGAAACCAAUAGAGUUGAAGACUCCACCAGAGCAAACACAGACCAUCACCCGGGUGAUAUUUGACAUCUUGAAGGAGCAUGGUCCUCUCACCAUUGCUGAUACUUGGGAACAUGUUAAGGAUGUUGGUUUGAGAGGAUUGACAAGCAAAAGGCACAUGAAAAUAGUGUUGAGAUGGAUGAGGGAAAGGCAGAAGCUUCGGCUAAUUUGCAAUCAUGUGGGGCCCCAUAAACAGUUCCUCUACACCACUUGGUUCACAAAGCCCAAUGUCAAGCCCUUAAAUCCAAGACAUAGUUCUUACAGACCGUAGCUGCUUGGGACCUUAAAUUGCUACUGGUUUGUCUUGGUUUCUUCACAGUUAUUGCCACUUGGGAUACUCAAUUAUGAGAUCUGAGAUGCUGUUGAGCUUGGCAGUUGCAUGAGAACUCAUUGAUGUUGGAUGUGUAAAUGUGUUAUUCACUGAAGAGUUUUUCCAUCUAAUUUUAUUGCUGCAUGAUGCGCGUGAUCUUAUGAAAGUGGUCUCAAACUCACGACCAAUGGCACAUAAAGGUAUCGCUUCUGUGAUUUUCCAUGUAGAUGAUAGUGAAUCAGUGAUACAGUGUGUUGAAAAUGUAAACAAAUUCCUUUUGUUGGUUGAACAAUCAAUACUCUGAGAAUUCAUAUAGAUGUGUUUUUUUUUUCA